AUGGUGGUGCAACUCAGCAAAGCCCUCGCGAGCACAAGCUCACAUACCCUUUUUGGGGACGGAAACUCAAUCACCGGCACAGAAUUGAUGAGCGCCGAGCCGUUGGAGGAUCUGCCAGAAGCCAGUUCCUCGGAGGAGAGCGUGGACCUCUCAUGCGCGCAGGCCUGCGCUCUGGUCCACGACGCCUUCAAGUCAGCGUCUACCCAGCUGCAUUCCCCAAGCGACGACGGAAUUCUAGAGCCCAUCGAGCCCCCCGCGGUUGAGAUGAUCAGCAGUGGCUCCGCCAUCGGACCGCAAUCACCACAACUCGUCGAGAUCAAGCUCGACAGCAAUGCCCGGACAGAACGCUCCGAAAAACAGUACACGGCUGCGGAGCCGCAGAAGGCUGCUCGAGGAUCGUAUCUUUACAUACCCGGAGUUGGUUUUGUGUACCAAGAGGAUGGCGACGAGCUAGGCUACAAAGCCCCCGUCACACUGUAG